GUAAUUAUUUCUUUUGCACAGGAUUAUUUUGGUGUCUGUUCAGAGGUGAUGAUCAAGGACAAUGUUGUGGUGGUUUAUGAGGUGCUGGAGGAGAUGCUGGACAAUGGCUUUCCAUUGGCAACAGAGUCUAAUAUUCUUAAGGAACUGAUAAAACCUCCCACUAUCCUGCGAACAGUUGUCAACACCAUCACAGGAAGCACUAAUGUGGGUGACCAGCUUCCUACCGGACAGCUAUCAGUGGUGCCUUGGAGACGUACUGGUGUAAAAUAUACCAACAAUGAGGCGUAUUUUGAUGUGAUUGAAGAGAUAGAUGCAAUCAUUGACAAAUCAGGUUCUACGAUUACUGCUGAAAUCCAGGGGGUAAUUGAUGCUUGUGUCAAGCUGACUGGGAUGCCAGACCUUACCCUCUCCUUUAUGAACCCUCGGUUAUUGGAUGAUGUCAGCUUUCAUCCAUGUGUGCGUUUUAAGCGCUGGGAGUCAGAAAGAAUACUCUCCUUCAUUCCACCUGAUGGAAAUUUUCGCUUGCUCUCCUAUCAUGUCAGUGCUCAGAACCUUGUGGCAAUUCCUGUCUACGUUAAACACAACAUCAGUUUCCGUGAUAGCAGCUCAUUGGGACGUUUUGAGAUCACAGUGGGGCCGAAGCAGACUAUGGGGAAGACGGUAGAGGGAGUGAUGGUCACUAGCCAGAUGCCAAAAGGUGUCUUAAAUAUGACCCUCACACCCUCUCAGGGAACACAUAUCUUCGAUCCAGUUACAAAGCUGCUGUCAUGGGAUGUGGGGAAGAUAAACCCCCAGAAGCUGCCAAGCCUGAAGGGGAGCAUGACCCUGCAAGCUGGGACAUCAAAACCAGAUGAAAACCCCACCAUUAACCUGCAGUUUAAAAUUCAGCAGCUGGCUAUAUCUGGACUGAAGGUGAAUCGCUUGGACAUGUAUGGGGAGAAGUACAAGCCCUUCAAGGGGAUAAAAUACAUGACUAAGGCUGGCAAGUUCCAAGUCCGAACCUAGAGGAUCCUCAUAACCUAGCACUCUGAUGGAAACUGAAGCUGUGGCUAAAUGAAGAUGAUUGCUAUGCUACUAACUUGUUGGAACCUCCUUUUGUCUCUGCUUGCCUAUUACAAAUGAAGGUGAUACUGCUGUUCUCCUGCUCACUGAUGUCUUUCUUUGAGAUAAUUGUGUGCUGGUACCUCUGUAGUGUUUCUGGCUGUCCUACCUCAUUCUAGUUUCUGUACCAAUCAGCUGCUGUGCAGGUGGAUUCAAGCCUACGCUGGAUUUUUCACUGGGACCAUCUCUUCUGCAGGACCUGUUGCUGCAUCUGCCCGUUCCAGUCUGCUGCAUCUCUCUGUACAGCAUAAAUAUGAAAUGAGAGAUAUUUGCACUGUUCUAUAUUGUCUGUAUUAUGCUCUUUGGCCACUAGAUGCCAAUGUCUUUCUCUGUGGUAACGGACCUUGUCCCCAAGCUGCUGUAGCUGUGACUGCAGCAUCGGUCAGGUGGCUGUGGAGUCCAGCAUGUACAGUUCAUGCUUGUGAACAGAACAAGUUGACCCUAAGCAAAGGAUAACAUACUUUCUGGUUUGCAUGUGAUGGAUACUUGCAGUGGGUGAGUGGCAUCUUGCGUGUGGAAUCACAAGUUCCAGUGCGACUGAUGAAUGCCAUAGCAGGUGGCCUUACUGCUGAGCAUGUUCAGUGCAAAUAUAACCUUGGGCAAGGGCAUCAAUAAAAUUCAUUUUUACAUGUCA